CGUCACAACCUGCACGGCCGUGGAAGGAGUCGCUUGUUGAGCAGCUGCACUUUUCUGCUCAGAUGUAUCAUUUUAAAGUACUUUUUCCACUAAAUAUUUCAGUUUUAUUCUGUGCUGCGACUGGGCGAAACGUGUAAUAAAAGAGUAGCGAGAGAUAAGCGAAUAGUAACGUCGUACGCUGUCUCUGAGUCCGUCCCACGGAGGAGGGACAAACACACGGAGGACUGAGGCUGAGCACUGCGGGAAUGUAACUUGUGUAUGAAGGAGGCUCCUUCUUCACCACUUCUCACAUGGAUGUACAACAUGCUUCAUCAUGGAUGCUCCAGCCUCUGUCUGUAGGCUCAUGUUGGUGGUAAUUCCUCCUCCGCUGCUCAUUGUCAUUCUGUGGUUAUUUAUUCAUUGCAGCAGCAGAGGAGGAGACACAUGGACAGAAGAGAAAGUGGACAUUGAGAGGAGACAAAGAGGAUCUCCCUGCACAGUACUGUAACGAAGCACAAGGAGGGAGAGAAGACUGGAGACGAGGAUCAUCAUGAUGGCAGAAGCAGGAGCAGGAGCUGAACACCCUUCAGUGUCACUGCACAGCCUCCCAUGUGAAUCACACUGUUUUGGGGACACGGUGACCUCUUACUCUGAGGACUCAGCAGCACUCAUGGAUAUGUGUGUAAAAAGUGAGCCUGAAGAUGAGCACAUUUCCCACCCUGAAUAUUGUACUGAGGUUCAAGAGAUGGGCUCAGGGCUGCACCUGGAUACCGAGCACAUUAAAUCUGAGAUUGUCACGGUCAAAAUAAUGGAGGACAGUACUGAUCUACAGUACAGAACUACUGAGGGGUUCUGUCCUCCAUCAGAGCACUUACACUCUUCUACUUUUGUUUCAUCCCAACAAUAUAAAUCAGACAGAGAGGAAGUCAAAACAGAGCAGCAUUUCUCUAGAACAGAAAUAACAGUUAGUGGAGCUGAAAGUCACCAUGUAAAGGAAGAGUAUGAAAAUUUUCCAACUCCUGUAUAUGGAAAAUACAAAUCAGACAGAGAGAGCAUUAAUGCAGAGCACUAUUCUCUGUUACAAAGAACAUCCAGAAUAGAUACAGCAGUUAAUGAAUUUGAAAGUCACAGUAUAAAGGAGGAGCAUGUUGAUGUACAGGUGAAUGGUCUCAUCUCUAUUCCUUGUUCAUUGUCUAUGCAGUAUAAAUCAGAGACAGGUAUAGUUAAGGUAGAGCAGCAUUCUCAGCUGGAGAGCCCUUCUAGUCCAGAGUUCACAGUUAAUGAUAGUGCACAUGAUCUUUUACAUAAUAAUUCUGUGAAGAUGGGGAGCAGUUUAAUUAGAGUAGGACAUGAUGUCCAAGCGAUAGGUGCUUUGGAACAGUCUGUGGGAUCCUCCACCAGUGGUCUUCCUAACAAGGCCAGUAAAUGGAAAUGUAAUGAUGGUUUUAUCCUUAGCGCCCAGAAAUUGCAAUGUCUUCAGUGCAGAAAGGUUUUUAAAAGCCAGUCACACCUUGAAAAGCAUUUGGAGAUUCACUCAGGUGGCAAACAUUAUUGUAUGCAGUGUGAAUCCAGUUUUUCUCCAACUUGUCAGUUAAAACAUCACCAGUUUCUUCCUUCUCCUUUGAAACGAUCUACACGUACCAAAUAUGAAAAUAUUCUUACUCAGGUAGCCAAGAAGUUAAAGCAGCAGCAUUGGGGUUGCUAUAAAUGCAAUCAUUGUGGAAAGAAUUUUUCUCAAGCGGCUUACUUAAAACAACAUCAGGUUGUUCAUUCUGGGGAGAAACCAUAUAAAUGUAGUCAGUGUGGAAAAAGUUUUUCCCGAAGAGGUCAUUUAAAACAGCACCAACUUGUUCAUUCUGGUGAGAAACCAUUUAAGUGUAGUGACUGUGGGAAGGGGUUUUCUUUAACCUGUCACUUAAAGGAGCACCAGCUUGUUCAUUCUGGUGAAAAACCCUAUAAAUGCAGUGAAUGUGGCAAGAGUUUUUCCCAAGGAGGCACCUUAAAACGGCACCAACUUCUUCAUUCUGGUGAGAAACCAUUUAAGUGUAGUGACUGUGGGAAGGGGUUUUCUUUAAUUUGUCACCUAAAGGAGCACCAGCUUGCCCAUUCUGGUGAAAAGCCAUUUAAAUGUUGUGAAUGUGGAAAGAGUUUUUUUCGAACUGGUCAAUUAAAACAGCAUCAACUUGUUCAUUCUGGUGAGAAACCAUAUAAAUGUAGUGAAUGUGGGAAGACAUUUUCCGUUGGAAGUAACUUGAAAAAGCAUCAACGUGUUCAUUCAGGAGAGAAGCCGUAUAUAUGUAGUGAAUGUGGAAAAAAUUUUUCCCAGUAUGAUCACUUAAAACGGCAUCAGCUUAUUCAUACUGGUGAGAAACCAUAUAAAUGUAGUCAAUGUGGAAAGUGUUUUUCUCGAUCUGGUAAUUUAAAACAGCACCAGAGCAUUCAUACUGGUGAGAAACCAUAUAAAUGUGGUGAAUGUGGAAAGAGAUUUUCUCGAGCUAGUCAUCUGAAACAGCACCUUCGUGUACAUACUGGUGAAAAACCAUAUGCAUUUAAUCAACAGGAGCAAUGUAGUGAAUGUGGUAGAAGUUUUUCUCAGUACAGUCACUUGAAACAACACCGGCUUGUUCACUCGGGUGAGAAACCCUAUAAAUGUAAUGAAUGCGGAAAAAGUUUUUCUCAGUCUAAUAAUUUAAAACGGCACCAGCUUAUUCAUUCAGGUGAGAAACCAUAUAAAUGUAAUGAAUGUAGAAAGAGUUUUUCUCAGUCUAAUAAUGUAAAACAACAUCAGCUUGUUCAUUCUGGUGAGAAACCCUAUAAAUGUAAUCAAUGUGAGAAGAGUUUUUCUGUUGGAAGUAACUUGAAGCAGCACCAGCGUGUUCAUUCUGGUGAAAAACCGUAUAAAUGUAGUGAAUGUGGAAAGAGCUUCUCUCAAUGUGGUCACUUGAAACAGCAUCAACUUAUUCAUUCUGGUGAAGAUGGAAAGAGUUUCGCUCAGUCAACUUAAAACAGCAUCAUCAUGUUCAUACCCGUGCGAAACCAUGUAAGCGUAGUGUACGUGAACAAAGUUUGGAAGUACAGUAAUGCCCAAAAGUCUUAGGCACUUUAGAUGUUUCACACAAACAUUUGUCUUAGAUGGGUUUUAUUUCUGCAUUAAUGUGUCAAAAGGAAAGAGUGUAUUGAUCUAGUAGUAGACCAUGGUCCAGAUAAAAAACUUGAGGUCUUUGUAGGCAUAUAGCUCGGUUCAUGAUGAAAUAAAUACAACAAACAGGCACUAAUUGUUGGUGACAAUGUAUAGAUUGAUCCAAACUGAUUGGAACGUAAACGGUUGUGUAGAUGGAGUAAUGCUGGGUGAGGGACAAUAAUACUGAAAAGGUGAGGCUGCAGAAUAUGUGACAGUUUAACCCUCAAAUCUUACACCAUAGCAAGAGUGAGCAUAGCAACAAGACACAAGGUGCUCAUCUUGCAUUAGCGAAGUCCCUCCCAGACAGAAAUUUUGCAGCAGGCAGGUGUUUCCAGGUGUGCUGUGCAAGCUCUUCUCCAGAAGCACAAACAAGCGGGCAAGUGUGAGCACUAGAAACGCAGUGUUCUGCCACGGGAACCGAGUUCAGCAGAUGAGGGAUGCAUCAAGCUGACUUCCCUUUGAAAUAGGAAGAUAUUCAGCCCUGCUAUCAUCUCAGAACUGGCAGAAACCACUGGGACCCUGGUACACCCAUCUACAGUCUGGAGCAGUCUUGCCAUCAGUGCUCUUCAUGGAAGAGUUGUGACCAAAAAGCCCUUCCUCCGCAUUGGAAACAAAGCCAAGUGGCUCACUUAUGCCUGAAAACACAAACACUGGGGUGCAGAAAAUUGGCAGCAGGUGCUCUGGACUGUUGAGUGAAAAUGUGACAGUUUUGGUUCUAACAGAAGGCAGGCUGUCCCCCGAAGGGCUGGGAAGCACUACAUGGAUGAGUGUUUGCAAGCAAGAGUGAAGCAGGGCGGAGGUUUUCUGAGGUUUGGGGCUGCGUUUCUGCAAAUGGAGUUGGUGAUUUGGUCCAACUGAGUGGCCCCCUCACCACUGAGUAGGAGAGGGAAGUUCUUAUUCAUCCUGCAGUACCAUCCUCAUUUUUCACAAGUGCCUAAACCGUAUGUGCAGCAGUGUAUAUAAUACACUUGUGAGCCCCCUUUUUUUGUCCUUUUCUCCGUUUGCAUCAUAAUUUACCGUGCUAUUGUGUAAAUGUCGUUGGUAAAAAUUAAAAAAAGGAAAUAGUUCUUUUACUUUUAUCACCGUCUUCCUGUUACUACUAUUUUUUGCAUUCAGUAUUUGAAGUCUCUUUAAAACCAGUCAUGUCUCUUCUAAUUCAAAUGACUGGCUCCUUGCUGUCAGCUAACGUUUUGUGGAUUUCGUUGGCAACUGUGGACUGUUAGUCACAACUUUCUCUUCAGCCAGACAUGUUACUUUUGCUACAAACCCAGUAGCAACACUUUCUCACUGUCAGAUGUCUGAUCCCAUUGGCCAUUGUCCUGUCUUGACCAGUCAGAGUACAUGCUGAGUUUUCUCUUACUUCGACUUAACUUGAUCAUUCAUGGUGAGGAGUGAUUAGAGAACGGAGGGAAAAUGUUUCAAUAAUGGAGUAAGUUGUGCGAGAUUGUACGAAUUCUUGGAAUGAGUUACUGGUCAGUCAAUCUGUCUGUCUGUCAGUUAUCUUCUGCAUGUUCUGGAGAGGGUUGUGAUGGUAUCACGCUGAGCAGGUAGGCUCACACCUUCCUUUCCCCAGCAACAGUCUCCAGUUGCUCAGUGGGAAUAGCAGGCAUUCCCACACAGCUCACACAUACUGUAUAAAGUGUGAAAUGUGUCCUGCGUUUGGCCAAGGGUCUUCUCCCAGUGGGAUGUACAUGGUAUAGCUUCAGUAGCAGCUGACCAGUCUGUGUUUCACUUUCCUUUGCUCAUAAAGAAGACCCUGAGAUACUUGAACUUCUCCACUAGGAGCAGCUCUUCCCCAUGACCUGCAGAGAGUAACCCAGUCUUUUCCACGUGAGGAGCAUAACCUCAGAUUUGGAGGUGCCGGCUGUGCCACGGAGAAGAGUUCAUCCGCUGUUCCAUGACCAAGAAGAGACCUACAUUGCUCUUCCUCUGGUGGUGUCUCCUUCACAGGACCAUGGCACAGGCUUUGCCAAGGAGGGUGAAGAGUGUGAUCCCUGUACAUAGAACACACCCUCUUUUCCUCUUUCAUUAGUGUGAGGACUACCGCCUCAGUUUGCCUUACCUGCCUUCCACGCAACGCCAAAGAGGUGAGUGAGCCCUUGUGUGCCGUCAGUAGGUGGGGAUGGGCCCGAUUCUGACUUGUUACAUUUUGACUUGCCUAAGGUUUCCGGAACAUCGGUCCAAAACCCUCUGUACCGUGAAAAUAUUUUCCUAAUUUUAUAGUAAAGCUGAAUGGUUUUUUUCUACUCUGGUCCUGUUCCUUCUUGUGGUACAUCGCUCCCUCCCACUGGAACGAGCACUUUGUUAAUUGCUUGGUUUACUAACCGAAAAUGUUUCGUGGCUAAACAUCUAACUAUACUUCACGUAUGUUGUCGUCUUGUCUGCCUGCCAAUCGAUGUCAGUGUCACUGCACAUGAACUCCAACUUGUUCUUUGUUUUUAUAUGGAAGUAUUAUGGUUUUACACUUACUGGAAUCUUAAUGGAUCUUUCCGGUGCUUUUUAUACAGAAUGACUUGAACAAGAAGUCUGUUAAUUUAC